UCAGCCAGUGGCCGCUCUCGAUCCGUAGUUACGUUAGCUCGGCUAUAUCCCUAAACAACAUGACGGACGAAGUUGAUGUUGAUAUCGAGGGGGACGAAUUUGACGCCUCUGUUGGUGGUUUGGAGGGAGGCGGGCUGCUCCAGGACCAGUUCCUGCAGUCUGCGUGGAAGACCAGCACCGGCAUACUGCCAUGGGAGCUCGACAGCUCCAUCAGCGCAGAGAACAGAGAGGUGAUAGAGAAGAUGCUGCUGGAGGAACAAUAUUAUCUGACAGGUAAAGACAUUCCUAAUAAUGUUUGGCGCAAUGACACUAACACCAAGUCCAAAGUCAAGAAGUCUCCAACCAAGGCCUCAGCCUCAGGUGCCUCUUCUCGCUGGUCCCAACAGGAGAAGGAACUCUUUGAGGAAGGACUGGCUCAGUUUGGUCGAAGGUGGACGAAGAUUGCCAAGUUGGUGGGCAGCCGGACAGUUCUUCAAGUCAAGAGCUAUGCCAGGCAGUAUUUCAAACACAAGGCUAAAUCAGAAUCCAGAGCUGCAGCUCCCUCUGUAGGCCCAGUGAAGGACAUACAAGCUCUUCAGUCCACCUCCAGCCAUGUAUCUGCUCUGGCCAAUGCGGUCCGUAUAGAGAAGCUGUCUGACGAUGAGGAUGAGGAGGUCGACAUCACAGAUGACCUGAGUGAUAAUGGAGUGCUUGGCGAUAAGUCACAGGCUGUGCUCAAGACGGAGUCCUGUCAGUCGGGACAGUUUGCAGGGACCGAAAUCAACACUGACAGUCCCACACAAGGACAGAUCACACAGGUGGAGCCCAUCCAGAAUGAGGCUUGGCUGGCGUUGGUCGACAGCAGCAAUGAGAAGGUGGUGAAGGAUCAGCCUGGCCACAACACCACAUCUCAGCGAAGUCAUCAACUCUUAUCUCCAGUCCUUUGCUCUGAGGAGCUUGGUGUGCCCGGACUGGACGAGAAGGGUGGAGAGGUGAUCUCAUCUCUUCCAAAUAACCCUCCAGAAGGAGCAGGGGCUGAGUCAGAGAAGAUGACUGAUCAGCACCACGUACCUCAGAGCCAGAGCUCCCAGUGUGAGAGCUCUGAGGAAAAAUGUCCACUAGACGAGGCUUGCAUCAGUAGAGCAGAUUCUGGUGAAAAGGCCUACCAGAGUCCAAAUGAUAGACCAGAGGAAGACCAGGAGGGUGAGGAGGAUGAGGAAGAGGAGGAGCUUAAAGCCCCUGAACAGGAAAUAGAGAUGGACAUGGAGACUAUCACUGAGGACGAGAAACAAGCUAUCCCAGAGUUUUUUGAGGGACGGCCAUCCAAGACCCCUGAAAGAUAUCUGAAGAUUAGAAACUACAUCCUGGACCAGUGGUUGAAGAGCAAGCCAAAGUACCUGAACAAGACAUCAGUGCGCCCCGGCCUGAAGAACUGCGGAGACGUCAACUGCAUCGGCAGAGUGCACACCUACCUGGAACUCAUAGGAGCCAUCAACUUCAACUGUGAGCAAGCAGUUUAUAAUCGUCCCAAGGUGAUGGACCGCUCUAAGCAUAAGGAGGGCAAAGAUGCCCUGGAGGCUUACCAGCUCGCCCAGAGACUGCAGAGCAUGCGCACAAGGAAGCGCCGCGUGCGGGACAUCUGGGGAAACUGGUGCGAUGCCAGGGACUUGGAGGGGCAGACAUUUGAGCAUCUGAGCGCAGAGGAGCUGGCCCUGCGAAGAGAGGAGAUGAAGAAGCAGCCUAAACCCUGCAAGAUGUCUCGGCACAAAGGAUCAUUCGAUCCAUUCCAGUUGAUUCCUUGCAGAUCUUUUGGAGAAGAUGUACAGGAGCCGUUCCAGGUUAUAGUAUGUGCAGAGGCUCUUCUCAUCAUGGACAUGCAUGCCCAUGUGUCCCGGGGGGAAGUCAUCGGUCUGUUGGGGGGCGUUUUCAAUGACGAGGGCAAAGUACUGAAGAUCUGUGCAGCAGAGCCGUGUAACAGUGUGAGUACAGGUUUGCAGUGUGAGAUGGACCCUGUGUCUCAGACGCAGGCGUGUGAGAUGCUGUCGGCACUGGGCCUCAGUGUGGUGGGCUGGUACCACUCACACCCAACUUUCCAUCCCAACCCCUCUCUACGGGACAUCCACACGCAGGACCAGUUCCAGAGUUAUUUUUCACGUGGCGGAGCUCCCUUCAUAGGGAUGAUAGUGAGUCCAUACGACCCAGCCAACCCUUCCCCUCAUUCCCAGACCACCUGCCUGUUGGUGAGAGAAAACCAGGAACCCUCAGGCCCACAGAAGCUGCCCUACAAGUUUGACUUCUUGCCUUCCCAAGACAUUCCAGACUGGGAGCAGAUGUUGAGGAGAGCCCAGUGGAUCAUCCACAAAUACUCUCAAACACAGGGGAGUGUGCAGAUGGACAGGUUUUUCCGGCGGGACUCCCAUCUCACCUGUCUGGAGAAGAUGCUGUCAUCUUUGGCCAGGUACCUGGAGCCCCUGCCAGAUGAUGAGGGAGACCCCUUCCUCACCCAGAUCCAGACCCUGUUCCAGUCUGACUUUAUCGCCAAGCAGCCAUCUUACCAGGACGAAGGAGAAGCUUCAAAUGUGUCAUCCAGACCGACUGAGUCAGAUGACUUUGCUUUUGAUCAACCAAUCAGCAGUGAGAAACCACAGGAAGGAGACUGUGAUGGGGAGUCUAGCAGAGCUCCAGACUGGGAGCCCACCACAGAGACAACAAAUACAGAGACAGACAGCACUCCAGUUUUACAUCUAGGCUCUGUGUUAUUGACUGGACAUGAUUACUUACUAUAAUAUGUCUCUUUGUAGUCACCCUUUUGUAUUAUUUAACAAAAUAUAUACAGUAAAAAUACUACAAGAUUUUGUAGGAUUAUUACCAGUUUCUGUAUUUAGUUAUUUUUUUAACAAGUGACUUCUAUUUUACUAUUGUCCUGUAUAGACAAAAUUUGAAAGUUCACCUCAAAGUAUUUUACCUCAACAUCAGGAAUGACUGUCGAUAAGGAAAACUGUAUGUAUGUGUGUGUGUGUGUGUGUGUGUGUGUGUGUGUGUGUGUGUGUGUGUGUGUGUGUGUGUGUGUGUGUGUGUGUGUAGGUGUGAGUGGGUCUCAUCGGGUCAAAUCAGUUCAUUUCUCAUUUUUUCAGCUUGUUGCUUUUCAACACAAAGAAAAUAAAAUCUAUUUUCAUA